AUGGAAGAUUGGCCUGUAGAAACUGCACCUGUCAAUGGAUAUGAAUUUAACUUUGAACUAGAUCUAAAUGGAACUUGGCAAAGGGAGGAGGAAGCAAGGGUGUGGUCUGAUGAUGGCAGUGUUUUGGAUAAGGAGAGUCAGGAACAACGAGAAACUCAACAGAAUAAAAUUGUUCCACGCCACCAUCUUGAGCAUAGCACCAGCAACUCCCUGAGCAUACAGGCCUUAAGCCAUGACUUGGCUGGUUCGGAUAGUUGUGGUGAAGUCCAUGUUGAGGAUAACCAAAACAUGUCCUUUCCUUCGUGGGAGGGAACCUUUAUGAGGUGCUUCAGUGAAAUAGAUGAAAAGCUUGCUAAGAACAUUGACACUAAUGGAUUUCUUGGCGGUAGCACUUCUGUAUCUGUAAUCAAACAGAGUGACCAAGUAAUAAUUGGCAAUGUGGGGGAUUCUUGUGCAGUUCUUUGCAGAAGAGCACCUGACAAUCACCUUAUUCCUGUUCAACUUACUGUUGACUUGGCUCCAGAUAUUCCAAGAGAAGCUUUGAGAAUUUUUGCUGUAGAAGAAGAUCCUACUGUAAACAGAGUAUGGAUGCCUGAAAGGGACUGCCCUGGACUGGCUAUGAUUUCGGAUGUGCUAACAAACAGUGAAGUAAUAAACAUAGUUGCUUCAGCACCAAAAAGGUCCAUGGCUGCCAAAUUGUUUGUAAACCAUGCUGUUCGGGCUUUGAAAUAUAAGUAUGGUUUCGAGGUUGAUGAUUGUUCAUCCAUAUGCUUCUUCCAGCUGAAGGAUUAG